AACAACUUUCAACAAACGAUGGCAGCAAAGUGGACGAAACUAAAACUGUGCGCAUAUAAUGAAUAUUAAUAACAAAUGUUAUGGUUAAACUUGGAGCAUGGUCGUAAAUUUUUAUAAGUUUACAAUUUCUUUCAUGAUGUUAUGUGGUAAUUAAUAGCAUAAUAGAUAAAUGGCCCAAUAUAUUCGUAAAAGAUCACGAAGUCCAAGUCCAUAUGAAGAUUUUGAUAAGAAAACUAAAAGUUCUGGUUAUCUAAAAAGAAAUAAUCGCAGUAGAUCUAACAGCCCAUUUAAUGAUAAUAGUCCCAGAUACAAUAAUAGAAAAAAUAUAGAGAAUGGUGACAUGUGGCGGUCAGAUAGAGAAAAGAUAGCUGAGAAAGGUUGUGCAUCAGUUUGGGGGUUGAGUCCUGAACAAUCAAAUUAUGAUUCACUAGAUGAUAUGCAAAAUAACAUAAAAGAUAUUUCUAAAAAAGAAAAGAAAAAAAAAAGUAAAAAGAAACAUAAAAAGCAUAAAAAAAAAACUGAAAAAAAGAAAAAUGUUUCAGACAAUGAGGCUGAUUUAACUAAGGAGGAAGAAUGGACUGAAAAUGCAAAAUCAGACAAUGUUUCUGUUGGACCGUUGCCAGUAGCAAUUGCUGCUGUUCAGGAAACGUCUUUGAAAGAUUACGGUCAUGCUCUAUUACCUGGCGAAGGGGAAGCUAUGGCCAAUUUUGUAAAGGAGGGUAAACGCAUCCCUAGAAGAGGAGAGAUUGGUUUAACUAGUGAAGAAAUUGAAUCAUUUGAAUCGGCUGGUUAUGUAAUGAGUGGUAGUCGUCAUCGGCGCAUGGAAGCAGUUCGUUUAAGAAAAGAAAACCAAGUUUAUAGUGCUGAUGAAAAAAGAGCGUUGCUCAUGUAUAAUCGAGAAGAAAAAGCUAAAAGAGAAAAUAAAGUUCUUGCAGAUUUUAGAGAACUUGUUCAAACCAAAAAAAAGAAAUAAUUUUAAUAAUGAAGCAUUUUAUAUUCAAAUAAAACAGUAUAUAU